AUGUUUUGGCUAGAUCUCAGGAUCUCAGUACAUUGCAUUAUGCCAAUAAAAACGAUAACCUAUCAAAUGUUCCUAAAAGCAGAUGUAUUGAAGAUUUUUGGCUUACUUAAAAAAAGGUUACUAAUAUUAGAUAAAAAGGGAAGUAAAUGA